CUGUGACUAACCAGCAAACCAGCUGUACUGCUGUCAUGAAAGUGGAACCUGUUGGACAACAUGACUAACUUCAGCUGUUGUGACACAGCAGAAGUAUCAGCUUUACAGUAACUACUCUUCAUGAAGGACCAUCAAUGGAAUUUGCUUGUGGAUUUGUUUAUGUGCCUCCUACACAAAAUGCCUUUAAACGAUCAGCUCUGCUGCCUCCACAGAAGUGCAUCCGUCCUCGGGUGCCUCCUCCACCUCCACCAACAUCCACCAGACAGGUGACCUCUUCCUCCACGAUCAUCGAGCAGCUCCCAACCAAUGAAGUGAAGAAGGAAUUAAUGACCACAGUUUUCUAUGAAAACCCCACAUUAAGAAACAGUGUCUUACCUGUCAGCAUGCAAUCUACUCAGAAUUCAGCUAAAAAAACAGCUCUUUUGCCCCCACACAUGCGCGUCGCCCCUUCUCUUGCUAAGCCUCGCUCUGCUUCGUACAGUGAACCCUGGAGACCUGACAGUCAGUAUGAAGUCCCCCCCUGUGAGCCUGAUUUAAACAGCCAGCCCUGGGACCCAAACUACACAUACCGCAUCCCUGAGAGCUUUGAGAGCUCUGAUAGUGUGUAUGAGACACGGCUACCAGGCAGAAAGAACACGAUUCCAACUCUCCCUCCUCGACCGGCCAAUAUGCAGUCAAUGCCUGAGUAUUUGAUGAUUCUACCAUCAGUACCCUCUACAACAAAAUCAGCUCUUCAGCCUGUUGAAAAUACUUCCAAAAAGUUUGACAAUGGACCACUUCCAGGAAACCCUAAUGUAGUUCUUGUCAGUUUGGGAAAGAUGCUGUAUGAAGAAAGAGUGCAGCUUAUACAAGGAGAGCCUGUAUCUUGCUCCAAAUGUGGCUCCGUGCUGGACUCCAUUUAUGCAAAUGUGGUGGAAGUGUGCUACUUCUGUAAAGACAAGCAGACGACUGUCCCUAUAAGUGUCCCAGAGCAACCUCAGGAUGUCCUGUAUUCACUCAGCCCUGACCUGAACAGCCCACAGCCUCCAGAUCCCCUCCUCCUCUUCUGCAUCGACACUUCUGGCUCCAUGACCAUCACCUCACAGGUCAUUGAGCAAGGUAAAAUAGUCCACAGAUCUCGACUUGAGUUUGUUCAAAAGGCUGUAUUGCACUGUGUACAAAGAUUGAGUGAACAACAACCAAAUACAAGAGUGGGGCUUAUAACGUUUAACUACAAAGUAAUUCUGCAUGGAUAUGAGAAUUACCCAACGCAUUACCUCAGCAGUGACGAGUUGAUUGACACUGAGUAUCUGAAAAAUUCAGCCGCCUCUUUCCCCAGUCCACCUCCUGUUUACAAGAAUAAGGACUACUUACAGAAACAAGUAAUGGGGUUAAAGGAAAGUGGGACUACAGCUUUAGGUCCAGCUGCUCUACUUACCAUUGCAAUGGCAUCCAGACACCCAGGGUCAAAGGUAAUAAUUUGCACUGACGGAAAGGCCAACACUGAACUGGGAAACCUAGAGGAGGAAGACAUCGAUGCUCGCACCCUUCUCUCCUCCACCAUCUUCUACCAGGACCUGGGGGAAUACGCAGCCAGUCAGGGUGUGACAGUGUCAGUAUUAUCGAUUGAGGGAACAGACUGCAGGUUGGAUGAACUUGGGAGACUAGCAGAUCGAACGGGAGGCAAAGUUGUCAUUGCAAGUCCUGAGAGGUUGCAUCAGGAGUUUGAAGAGAUUAUUGAGAAUAGGACAAUAGCCACACAUUGCACAGUGUCAUUUCUGCUGCCAAAUUCCUUACGAGUGAAAGGAGAAAGAGAAGCAAGUCACAAAGGAAUCCGAGAGGUGGGGAACAUUGACCCAGAAAAAGAGAUCACUUUUCAAUUUGGAGUUAAUGAUCAUGGAGCACAAGUUCCUCCUCCAGCUUCAGGCACCACAGUUUAUGUACAGCUCCAAGUCAGAUACAGAAAAAGAAAUGGACAGAAAAGGCUGCGAGUGAUAACUGCUCCCAGGGAGGUCACUAAUGAUAGCCCAUCAGCGCUGUCCUCCCUGUCUUUGCCUAUCAUUGAGCUCAACUCAUCUCAAGCCACUGCUGCUCUGGCCGUGCGGGGACGCUUUGUGGAUGCUGUUAAAGAGGGAGAGCAGCAGAAGAGGCUCAUAGAGAGGGCAAUUGCUCUUAAUGGCAGCAUAGAAGACAAAGAUAUGUAUCAAGAAUGGGUUAAAACCAUGGAGGCAAUCCACAAUAGCUUUAACAACUUCACAAGGAAAAAAUCUGUCACUUCAGAUUCACAGUCUCUUACUGAUGCUGGUGCUGCACUGCUCUACACUAUGAAGCACAGUAACAGGAAGUCCAUCCAUAUUCACUGAAGAACAAACAUAGACAGCCUUUCACCUCCUUGGAUCAGACUCAAGCCUGUAGGACAAGUAUUAUGUUGUGUAUAUACUGGACUGCAGCUGAAAGGCAGACAUGAUAGGUAUGAUAGAUGGUCAGUACUUUAGGACUAUUGUAAAGUUUGAAAUAAUAUACUACUGUCACCACAAAUAUUGUAUUGUGCCUGUGUCCAGUCACUUUUUUAAAAAUAAUGUGAACAUUGUAUGCUAUUUCAAGAAAGUGGCACAAUCAGUAAAUCUGUAAAAAAAAAAAAAAAAAAAGCUCAGCUGCCUCCCCUGGUUCUGUAAUUUGCAGAUUUUUGGAAGAUGUUUCUACACAUUUCUUAUAUAAUCAUUUAUUGAUCAAGGAAAAUAAAAGGCACAGAAAUCCAUAUACUGCAGUGUAUUUUUAAAACUUCUUUAAUUCUUCUAGUAUUAUAUGAUAUAGGGGUAAUUGCAAAAGUUAAAAGUAAAUAUAGAUUUGUUGAGGUGUAUGUGUCUAUGAAUGUGCAUUUAUUACUUGGGCAAUAGCUAAUACUUUAAUUAAAAUGCCUCAUCAUAUUGCA